AUGGCUAUGACUAAUCUCAAAGUCAUCAUUGUCGGCGGCGGUCCAGUAGGACUGACGGCCGCGCACGCUCUGCACAAAGCAGGCAUAGAUUUUACCGUUCUCGAGCGCGGCAACGAAGUUGCUCCGGAUGUUGGUGCUGCCAUCUGUCUGGCACCUCCCACUUUGCGAAUCCUUCAUCAGCUUGGCUUGCUGGAUCAGCUGCAGGACCUCGGCGGAGAGCUAGUUCGCCGGGGAUUAUUCACCAUAGACGGUUACAAGUUCAAGAGCGGCGACUUGUUUUAUGGUAUGAAGAAAAACCAUGGCAUCCGCCACGUUGCUUUCCAUCGAGCAGAGUUUGUUCAGUCUCUUUACGAUCAGCUUCCCGAAGAGGUCAAACCCAACAUUUUGAUGGGUAAAAAGGUUUUGGACAUUCAAUCCGGAGAGAAAAAAGUCAAAGUUGUCUGCGACGAUGGAAGCACAUAUGAAGGAGACUUGGUCCUCGGCGCCGAUGGCGUGCACAGCCAAACUCGAAAGAUUAUGAGAAAACUCGCGGUGGAAGCAGACCCCAUUGUUACUUGGGACCCUGAAGUACCUUUUACGGCAUCGUAUAGAUGCCUGUGGGCGACUUUCAAGAGACCGACCGCUAUGGGAGACUCGUGUGAAACUCAGCACAAGGACACCUCGGUCAUGUAUGUGACGGGCAAGGAACGUGGCUGGAUAUUCCUUUACGAAAAGCUGCCAGAGCCCACCAAAGAGCGCACGUCAUAUACCUCUGAAGAUGUUGAAGCGAUGGGCAACCAAUUUGCCGAGUAUCCCAUUACGGACAACCUCAAAGUGAAGGAUGUGUUCCCCGAUCGGAUAACGGGCGGCAUGUCAGAUCUCCAAGAAGGCAUCUGCAACAACUGGGGUUGGGGUCGUAUCGUGCUUGCGGGAGAUUCCAUUCAUAAAUUAACCCCCAAUGCCGGCCUAGGCUAUCAAACUGGACUCCAAGAUGUGGUAUCGCUGGUCAACCAUUUGAGACAGCUGGUCGUUUCUUCGGAGUCCUCAAUGGGCCCCAGCGUCUCUGCCCUGGAAGCCAUGUACAAGAGCUACCAAAGUCAACGAUGGGAUCGUCUGGCUCAUGAUUCAAGCGUUUCUAGGCACCUUACACGCUUACAUGCCUGGGCCAAUGUGUGGUACUACUUGGUAGGUCGCUUCGUGCUGCUACCUUACUUCAUGACUUAUGUCAUGAGUGAGUGGUUAGAAGCACCGGCCAUGAGCAAAGCGCUAGCUUUCAACUUUUUAGACGCCCAAGAACCAUAUGAAGGACAAGUUCCCUGGGUGCACCCGCUGAAGAAUAUUUAUCAAUCGGCAUGA